AUGACAAUAAGCACAGAUAACAGCAGUAGUAGUGACCCAUCGUCUAAAUUCAAUGACGAACCAUUGCCACUGGAAACCUUGAAACCUUGGAUUUCUUCCCAAGAAUUUGUCGAAUGGAUUCAAAAAGGAGACGAGAAACAAGCGGCCCUGGAAGCCGAAAUGAAAGAGAAUGAGGUCUACAAUGCUGCCAACUUGUUUGGGUCUACAUUGGAUGAAGAGUUUGAACAAAAAGGAAAUAGAAUACAACAAUGGACCAGCAGUGCGAUCCAUAUUGAUGGAAUUGGAGGCUUUGAUCAUCAUCAUAAAGAAGAUACAAGGACAAUCGGGGGCGAAUCAUCAUCAUCAGCAGCAGCAGCAGCAGCUACCAGUAACGAUACCCAUGUGGUACAAUUGGAAUUCUUUUUGAGCGAGUCGUAUCAAGGAUUUGGUGAUACCCUCUGGUCUUCUGCACGAUAUGUCGCCAACGUGUUGGCUAAUCCAGAGCAAUGUCAGGAAAUUCUGGCACCCUAUCUGGAGCGACGACAAGAACGAGGAAAUAAGGGUGAGGAUUAUUCAGAGAAUCGACAUCCGCUGUUGGGAACCAGUGUGUUGGAAAUCGGUGCUGGGGCAGGAGUGCCCAGUUGGUCAGCCAUGCACUGUGGGGCUCGUGUGGUUUGUACGGAUCUUGCCGAUACCAAUCGGAUUCGAAGCAUUGCCGAAUGUGCUUGUCGUAACUACCGCAAGAUGCUAGAGCAAGAAGAACAAAAUAAUAGCAGUGGUGGUAGUGAUGAUGAUAGCGAACGCUUGCAUUUUGCAGAACAAGCAAGGGCAUGUCCUCAUGAUUGGGGUUCGGAUGUCCAACCCGUGCUGCAUGCAUUGAAUCAUCCAUCAAAUAAAAAGGAAGAAGCAACAAGCCAACCAGCAUCUGACGAGAUGGAACUGUUUGAUGUUGUUUUGGCGGCUGAUUGCUGUUACAUGCCUUGGACACACGACGAAAUGCUGGAUUCUAUUUACAAGGUGAUGUCGCCCAUCGGAGUCGCCCUCAUUUGCUUUGCCUUGCACGACAAUACCGAUGACAAUGACGUCUGGAAAAUUGUGGACCGCGCCAAAAAUCGUGGAUUUGUCGUCGAGACUUUGCCAUCGACGCAGCUGACACCACCGACGACACAUAUGGAAGCAAAACAAGGAUUGGUCCACACGGUUCGACUAAGCAAACCACAAUAG